CAUGCGCUUCAGUCCGUACUCUUUCCUCCUGUACUUUUUGACAGCACAUUGUCGACAGAAAAUUUUAAAUACUUUAUUUUAAUGUACUUGGACAAAGUUUGCGGGAAAUUCAGGAAAUGUGUUUACGCUGAACUAUUUUUCUCUUUUUCGUCUCAAAGUUAGUUUGGUGACUUAUUUUGCCUCAAAGAUAAUUCUUGGAGCUAGUUCCUUCUUCCGCUCCCUGCAUGCAAUGGACAGUAGCGACAAGUAGUAACCAGGACACCGGUGGGAAACGCAUCUCCGGUCCGUAGGGUCCAUUUCAACGCAGUUGAAGUACGUACUAGAGACGCAACACACCCGGCAGGACUGUACAGCGCAAGUUGGGAGGACAAAAGGAGCUGCUUGUUAUUGUGCUCGUUUUAAAUACAGUGCAGUAUUCAGAACGUGGACUGUGUAAGGGUAAAGCAAGGAGUCAAGAUAAGGUACAGCCUGUUGAGUUUUAGACCUUGUGAUGGAAAAUCCUGAUGAUGAGGUUGACUUGCAGCAGAGCACACCAGGAGCUGAAGAAGGAAAUUCUGGAGGUGGAGCACCCACAGCAAAGCGGAAAGGCAAAUUUGCAAAAAUGGGGAAGUUCUUCAAGCCUUUUAAAUUUAAGAAGAAGAAGCCAAGUGAGAAGUUCACUGAAACAUCUAAAGAAUUGGAAAGAAAGAUUUCUGUGAGAAAAUCCCGCCAAGAGUUGAUUGCUAGAGGAGUUUUAAAGGAGAUCCCAGAAAAUGGGAGUAAUAAUGAAAUCAACUCCAAAGAUCCACCAGUGAAAAAUGGGCACCCCAUACCAAUAGAUGCAGACUGGGUGUCAGAAGGAGGAAGUAGAGUGUCUAGAGACUCUGACAUCAAGGCGAAUCCCAUUAGGCAUCCUCAAGGAGAAGAACGUCGAAGCAGAGUGUCAUCGGAUGCUUCUAGAAGUAACAGGGCGCCUCUGGAUGUGGACAGUUAUGCAAAGUUGCCUUUGGAUGUAGACAGACGAAUCCGCAUUCCCUCAGAUAAUGAUAAGAGAGGAUAUUUCCCUCCACAAGAUGAUAAAUACCGUAGAGACAAGAAGAGGGAUGGCCAAGAUAACAGAGAGGACAGAGGAAGGAUGGACAGGGAAGGAAUGGAAAGAAGGGACUGGCGAGACGAAAAAGAAAGGGAAGGGGGAGUUGACCGUAGAGAGGAGAAAAGAGAAAGAAAAGAUGAAAAAACAGACAGACAAAUUCGAGAUCAGAGAGAUCGGGAUGAGAGGGAGAGGAGAGAUCGGGACCGGGACGAGAAGAGAGAUCGGGACGAAAAGAGAGAUCGGGACGAGAAGAGAGAUCGGGACCGGGACGAAAAGAGAGAUCGGGACCGGGACGAAAAGAGAGAUCGGAACCGGGACGAGAAGAGAGAUCGGGAUCGGGAAGAGAGGAGGGAUCGGGACGAGAGGGAGAGGAAGGAUCGGAAUAAGAAUGAGAAGGAAAAGAGAGAUCAUGAAGAGAGAGAACGGAGGGACAGAGAAGAGAGGGAACGAAAGGAUAGGGAACGGAAUGAAAGGGAAAGGAGAGAGAUUGAUGACAAGGAGAGAAAAGAUGACAAAGAGCAAUGGCUUGAGCGUGAAAGAAAAGAGAAUAGAGAUGAUAGAAAAGAGGACAGAGUAAGAGAAGAAAGGGAGAGGAGAUAUGCUCAACUGGAGAGAGAUGAUGGCCGUAACAAACGGGACGACCGGACAAAGAAACAUGAAGAUGAACGUGAGAGAAUGCCAAGAAUCUUGCCUGAUGUCUCACGUUCAGUCUCUGACAUGGACUUGCGUCCUCUGCAGAGGAGCUCCUCAGAUGAAGACAAGAGUGCUUCCUCACCAGUAGACGCUGACCGAAGAACUACACUACCCAGAUACAAACCACACGUAGAAUUCCGAGAUCGCUCAGAGUCUGUCGGUGUCCGAUUUACCCCUGACCACUAUCCGGAGCAAGAUUCCCAACAGCCAAAACCCAUACCCAGGCGAGCUUUGGUUCCCCCUAAAUUCCUCAUUGGUCUUUCUGAGUCCAACAGUCCGACACUUUCCUUCUCCUCUUCUUCCUCGUCUUCUUCCUCCUCCGGUUCCACUGUUGAAGCCGUUAUUGCCAAGCCGCCAAGAACAGUGUCCCUCGUAGCAGACGCCGCACCUCAACUGCCUCUUGCUGGUGCUGCCUCAGCUGACUCUGACACGCCUCCCACUGUCCCUCCCCAUGCCCAGCAGCCUCCCGUCCCUCCCCAUUCACAGAGGCCUCCCGUCCCUCCCCACGCCCAACAGCCCCCCGUCCCUCCCCAUACGCAGCAGCCUCCUGCCGUUUCCCACGCCAAGCAGCCUCCUGUACCUCCACCUAAACCCACCAACCGCAACAGCAAUCCUGCAGCCCUUGCUUCCUCCCUGAACAGGGCCUCUCAUGUCAGGCAGCCGUGUUACUGGAACGGCUUCAGACGGCAGAGCGAGCUUGGCCUCUACCUCUCUCUGCCUGUGUACCUGCGCCACAGGGCUUGCCAGACCUGCUCAGCUGAGCUUUCUCAGCCUGGCAGCAGCCCGAUUAUAGUCCCGGCUCCAGCUAAGCGCUCUCCUCCAACCCCACUGAAAAGGGUGACACCUGUCACCAAGCUCCAUCCUGUAGAUCCCUCAGAGCCAUCUUCCAUUAACUCUCCCGCACCUGCUCUGGUGCCCCCUGCUGCUCCUAAAGGAGGAAGCAAUGAGGACAGGAUGUAUGCAGCAGCCCCGCAGACUUCCACGGAGCCUGUCCUCCCGCUUUCCCCCCACAUACCUCCGUCUCCUCCCAGGGUUAGGUUGCACCCUCCACCCAUUUUCUCCUCCGCUGGUGCUGUGCCAGCCAUACAGACUGAUCCCCCCAGCCCAACGACGGAGCCUCCCAGCCAGCUUCCCCCUGUACCACUACACAUCCUUAUUCAGAGGGCCCUGGCAAGCCCUGGUCCAGCUCAGCCCAACCCUAAGGGCUCCCAGAGGGCCCACUCGCUGCUCUUUGAACUACCACCAGAAUUACCCGAAGAGCAGGAGGGCAACAUACGUCACUCUCUUCCGGUCUUCAUUGAACCUCUCAGGCUGCCGGAGGAUGAUGACUUCGACAUGGAAGAAGAGCUGCAGAAGCUUAAGGCUCAGCGGAAGCCCCGGCAGCCGGAGAUGGAGCCCCGCAGCAGGAGGGCCUUGAUUGGAGAGCCCAGGGUGACCAUCAUACCCGAAAGAGGGGGCCACGGGGACAGCGAGGAGGAUUCUGACUCUGAUGGCCCCAUCCAGUACAGAGAUGACGAGGAGGAGGAGGAUGAAGAGGAAGAGGAAGGCCCCCCAAGUGGGCUGGUGAGCCGUGUCAAGAGAAAGGACACAGUGGCUCUGAAGCUGGAGAAACAAGAGAAGCAGGAUCGAGAACAAAGGGAAGCUCAGGGAAACCGCGAAGGGAUGAGCUGGGGCAACAGAGACCAGUGGGAGGCUUUGAGGAACAAGAUCGGUACCACGCUCACACGGCGGCUGAGUCAGAGACCAACAGUGGAGGAGCUGGAGCAGAGAAACAUUCUUCAAGCCAAGAACGAAAUGGAUCGACGGCUGGAGCGAUCCGAGAUCAAGCGGAGGCUCACGAGAAAGCUGUCUCAGAGACCCACAGUGGCUGAGCUGCAGGCCAGGAAGAUCCUGCGCUUCCAUGAGUAUGUCGAGUCUACCCACGCUGAAGACUAUGACCGGCGAGGAGACAAACCGUGGACCAAGCUCACUGCUGCUGACAAGGCUGCCAUCCGCAAAGAGCUCAACGAAUUCAAGAGCACAGAGAUGGAGGUUCACGAAGACAGCAGGAUCUUCACCCGAUACCACCGACCCUAGCUUCUUGAAUCAUCGGGCAAAGCACUUAAAUAAACUGUGAAGCAGCAGGUACAGCUCCAUCUGUGCCCUGUCUGUCCACUUUCCUCCUGUGACCUGCCUCAGCAGAAGAUUGCGGUGGUGAGUGGGGCCAAGACGAGGGGCUCAGCCACGGCUCAGUCUCCGAAUGGCAGUGACAGCAGGAGAUAGUGGCUCCAGUCGGUGUUGGAACCACCUGAUGCGUACAUACAAAUGUCCACAAAUCACUCCCUCCUCCCUCGGGAUUCUGACUGAACCAGAGACAAGGUUAUUGCUCCUCUCAUGCCUUCAUGUGUAUGCUGCUCUAUCUUUCAAAAGCCAAAGAUGGAGCACAGAAGCAUAACUAGCUGGUGUUGAAACUGCUCAUGGUACCAUGAAACUGUUCUGCCUUACUCCUCUCAAACACACACUGAUAUCUGGCUCAGGUGACUUGUGAAAGACUUGUUAGAAUCAGCCGCUGAGUUCUGAUCCUAACAGCAAGCAGGUGCAUUUUACUGUUUUUGUUAGCCGCACAGAUUGUUCUCCUGAAUCCCAUAUCACUAGAUUAUUUUUGAUAAGGCACCUUAUGUUUCCUAACUGGGUGUUUGGAAACUUAACAGCCUUUAUUUCUGUGUUUAUAUUUGAGAUUUUGAAAGCAGGAAAAUGUACAUAUUUUUAUUUUCCUGCCUGUUUUAUGGUACUUUAUAUAUUCUGCUCCAUAGCUGGAUGCAGUUGUAUAAAACAUUAAUGUAGAUUUGAAAGACUUUAUAUUGUAAACUACUGACCUGAAAUGCUGACGUGUUUUAAUUGUUUAGUAUUUCUCUGAUGUAUUUUCUGAGCAUUAAUGGUACAGAUCCUUUUUCUUUUUUUGAUACAGAGCCUGUAAGCUGUGUCUUUUGAAAACACACUGAAUAAGUGAAUGAUCCAAUUAGGAAAUAAAAAUCAAUGAUCUCUGAUA